CUUUUAUGGCUCGAGCCGGGCAUAUGCUCUCAUAUAAAAGAGCGCGCCCAGCUUUUCAGCCUCACUUCGAGCUCCUCCACUCGCAGCUAGUGCGGAAUAUCAUCUGUUUGUAACAAAUUCUCUUAAAUCGACAAACCCCCCCAAACCUAAGUUUAGCCAUGGAUGAUGAAAUCGCCGCACUGGUUGUUGACAACGGAUCCGGUAUGUGCAAAGCCGGAUUUGCUGGAGAUGAUGCUCCCCGUGCUGUCUUCCCAUCCAUCGUGGGUCGCCCCAGACAUCAGGGUGUGAUGGUUGGUAUGGGACAGAAGGACAGCUACGUUGGUGAUGAGGCUCAGAGCAAGAGAGGUAUCCUGACCCUGAAAUACCCCAUCGAGCACGGUAUUGUCACCAACUGGGACGAUAUGGAGAAGAUCUGGCAUCACACCUUCUACAACGAGCUCCGUGUUGCACCUGAGGAACACCCCGUCCUGCUCACAGAGGCCCCCCUGAACCCCAAAGCCAACAGGGAAAAGAUGACACAGAUCAUGUUUGAGACCUUCAACACCCCCGCCAUGUACGUUGCCAUCCAGGCUGUGCUGUCCCUGUAUGCCUCUGGUCGUACCACUGGUAUCGUGAUGGACUCUGGUGAUGGUGUCACCCACACAGUGCCCAUCUACGAGGGUUAUGCCCUGCCCCAUGCCAUCCUCCGUCUGGACUUGGCUGGUCGUGACCUGACUGACUACCUCAUGAAGAUCCUGACCGAGAGAGGCUACAGCUUCACCACCACAGCCGAGAGAGAAAUUGUCCGUGACAUCAAGGAGAAGCUCUGCUACGUCGCCCUGGACUUCGAACAGGAGAUGGGCACUGCUGCCUCUUCCUCAUCCCUGGAGAAGAGCUAUGAGCUGCCUGACGGACAGGUCAUCACCAUUGGCAAUGAGAGGUUCAGGUGCCCAGAAGCCCUGUUCCAGCCAUCUUUCCUGGGUAUGGAGUCUUGCGGUAUCCAUGAGACAACUUUCAACUCCAUCAUGAAGUGUGAUGUGGAUAUCCGUAAGGAUCUGUAUGCCAACACUGUAUUGUCUGGUGGUACCACCAUGUACCCCGGCAUUGCUGACAGGAUGCAGAAGGAGAUCACAUCCCUGGCCCCUAGCACAAUGAAAAUCAAGAUCAUUGCCCCACCCGAGCGUAAAUACUCUGUCUGGAUCGGAGGUUCCAUCCUGGCCUCCCUGUCCACAUUCCAGCAGAUGUGGAUUAGCAAGCAGGAGUAUGAUGAGUCCGGCCCAUCCAUUGUCCACCGUAAAUGCUUCUAAACGGACUGUUACCACUUCACGCCGACUCAAAACUGCGCAGAGAAACUUCAAACGACAACAUUGGCAUGGCUUUUGUUUAUUUUGGCGCUUGACUCAGGAUCUAAAAACUGGAACGGUGAAGGUGACGGCAAUGUUUUUUGGCAAAUAAGCAUCCCCGAAGUUCUACAAUGCAUCUGAGGACUCCAUGUUAUGUUUUUUUUCUUUAGUCAUUCCAAAUGUUUGUUAAAUGCAUUGUUCCGAAACUUAUUUGCCUCUAUGAAGGCUGCCCAGUAAUUGGGAGCAUACUUAACAUUGUAGUAUUGUAUGUAAAUUAUGUAACGAAACAAUGUCUGGGUUUUUGUACUUUUCAGCCUUAAAAUCUUGGGUUUUUGUUUUCUUUGUUCCAAAAAACGAAGCUUUACCAUUCAAGAUGUUAAGGUUUCCAUUCCCCCUGGGCAUAUGUAAAAGCUGUGUGGAACGUGGCGGUGCCAGACAUUUGGUGGGGCCAACCUGUACACUGACUAAAUCAAUUCCAAUAAAAGUGCACAUGUGAGACAUCCUAA